GUGUAUUUGAAGGGUUAGUUGAGACGUGUGAAGUAGUAGGCGUAGAGUUAUAUGUUGGAAGUGGUUGCUAAGAUAAUGGGUGUAGUUUGUGAGGUAGUUGCUGGGUUUCUACAUAGGGUUUGUCUUUAUUGGAUGUCGGUAAUAGAGUCAAACUCUGAUAAUAGUGGCACUGAGGUGUUGACAGAAAAUGUCUAUAUCAAGUGACAUGUUUUACAAACAUGCUGUUUUCCAUCAAAUGAAGACUGUACACUGAAAAAAUUUGACACAAAUAUUUACUUUUGCCAAAAAUGUAAACUGAUCUCUUAUAAAGUAAUCGAUUACAAACACAACAUAUAUAACAGGGACCUUUUCUUAUUUUAUUUUUAGACUGUUCAAUGCAAAAAUCUACACCCCGGUCUGCCUGUUUUCUUUUCUCCUUGUAACUAAAUGUUUCUUUUUAAGAGGUUCCAUCUCACAAUACUCAAAUGCCGGAACAAUAACUGCCUUGUAAUCUUUUUCGUUUCACUUCUUUCAAUUUUGCAUGAACAUAAUAUGAAGUCUUUGACAAUUUAACUUACUUUGUGUAAUUUUACAAAUUUCUUCGACUAAUGACUGUAUGCCUUUGACACUUUUAACAAGUUUUAUUUCACCAAACUAACUUUCAUCAUAUCCCACAAGACACGAUAAAUCCUUUACUCUACUUCCUUGCUGAACUACACAACUUAUACAGCAUGUUCCAAUCCGCGACACAAAUCUUGUCACAUCAUGACAAUGUUUUGAAAUGCACAUCUUCAACACAGAUUUGCUCUCAGCCAAAUUGCAACAUAGUACACCAUUGCUUACAGCGCAAACAGUAAGGUUUAUCUCAGCUCCACUGAUAGUCUCACUUUCAGGAAGAUCCACUGGCAUAUGUCAUUUCACACCCAUCACAUUGUACAGUGUAUUCCCAUUACUAACAAGGACAGAUAAAGUUGCUGAAGUCCAGUAUCCACAUGGAUUAAUAACAGAGUAACACAUUGCAUAAACUGCUUUAUAAAAUAACUCAAAUAGUAGGUGCGCUCUGAUUGGCCGAGAGGCGCGUUUGCAUGAGAGUAUGUAAACAUGGUUGUGACGUCAAUUUGUUUUGCUUUUCGCGCGCUAAUCACGCAAGCACGAAUUUGAAAAAGGUUUUGAGUUGAAAAAUUCGUCGACAAGUUUAUUUACCCAUUUCCUCGUCGGCUGAAACUUGGAAAAUCUUCAGAAACAGGCUGUGUCAAUUUUUUUCGCUUCAGCUGACAUUUUAAGAGAGAAAAACCCGUAUUUUGGAAAGCAUCUUUUUUGGAAAACAGGGACUGAUUACGCGACAAGCUUCGUGUACAAGACUUCGCGACUGGUAAGAAUUUCUCUUUUAAUCAAUGCUCUAAACAAGAGAGUUUUGCUUUUUUUUUCUCGGGAAAGUUAUUUCAUAAAAGCAAUAGAAAAGUUUUUUUCCUGUGUUUGCAUAUCCUGAUGUAAACACUCGAGGGGCUGGGAGAAUUCUCGACCCAUAACUGUCUCGAAUUCUCCCAACCCCUCUCGUGUUUAUAUCAGGCUAUGCAAACACGGAAAACGUUUUCUAUUGCUUAAAUAGCGCAACACUGUUUACAAGAACAUUGAUAUAAACUAUUAACAUUCGAUAUACUACAGUAUUCAAUAACACUGCUUGAACAAAGAUCAACUUCAAAGUUGGCAAUAUUUGCGCCUUUAAGCUCAUAUAUAUCCUCAUUACUACAUGAAUGUAGACUCUGCAAAUAUUGUACUAAUUUAUGCAUGGGUGGUAUUUCCAACAACACACAUGUAACUUGACUAUGACUGUUACCAUACAUAUCUUUAGCAUCAAUCAACACCAAUAAUUCCCACGGUUAAAAUGAAUGAGUUGUAGUUCAGAGCCAAGGGUGUUUCAAGUGGCAUACAGAGUAGUGAUACCCCUCAAUUCUGGCAUCACCAUGCAAGUAUAACUUUCACUGUAUUCAAGCUGGAAAAAUCGCUCAAACACUGUAACCAUUUCUAGCAAUUCUGUUAACAUUAACAUAGAUUCUUGUAAGCAAUGACAGACCAGAAUAUAACUAGUUACCAACAGUCAUUAUUUGAUCUGAGAUCUGCUUAAUUCUUCAUAUCCUACGAAAGCCGAAUUCAUUAAUUGCUUUAUUAUUCAUUCAAAAUAAUUCCUAGUUUAAAAGCAUAGCUGAAACAUGCUUACCUGCAUCGAUGUUAAGUUCAUCUUCGAUACUGUACGUUUAGCCUUGUCCAGCUCCGCAAAUAUUCUCCAAAUAGCAGAUGUUGCCCUCCGAGUUGUCUUCUUGCUGUUUUUGCUAUGUUUUUAGUUAUUAUUUCGCCUAGUUCCAGCUGUAGUUCUUACUCUUGAAACGACUGAAAUGUACGCCAUUUUUUUUUCACAACCAAAACAACUCAACCUCGUCCCCAGGUCUUCUCGGUUAACGGUGCCUUAACCUGUAGCGGGCUGCAUUUUUGACGUCAUUUCCUCGCUAAACACAAAAUUCUUCCAAAUUUGGUCAUCGGUAACUGGUUAUGGUGAAUUAUGCAUGUGCUUUUAGCCAAUCAGAAUUCGGGAAAUAUUUUGAAUGAAAAAUAUUCCUUCCUUUCUUACUGCAAAAGUGCAAUAGGCACGCAAUACGUGCUAACUUAAACAAGGCAUGUAAACAAGCCAAGGAGGCGAAUAUCUGCCAUACGAAAGUCUUGUACAAGGUAAGAGGCAUGUGGGAAAGAAAGCUCUGCUGGCAGGGUACUUUAUCCUACUUUUACGAUCUCAAAAAUUAAACUGAAUCUUCAGUAUUUUUACCUAAUCUAAAUUGGAAGUCUGAAGUCCAGGGAUGAAAUCUAUCAAAAAUAUUUGGAAUAUUAACGUCGGGUUUUGGUCAUAAUAAGACUGAGCGAUUUUGUUCCGAGAUGUCAAGAGCGUAUAAAGGAGAUGUUGCGCAAACAUUUUGGGACUUGCAGCCUAAUAAGAUUAAAAGAAAGAGUACAAAUACAUUUUGGAUUCGGUGAAUAAACUUAAAAGGAAUUGGCUUAUGCUUGGUCGGUACUAAAGAAGCUUUUAAAUAGACUCACGUGCGUGUUUGCUCGUGAGGGUAAAAGUCACGUCGUGGGUAAAGUGGAGAUAAGAUUUGUGAUUCAAACAAUGUGUGUUGUCACGUUGAUGGUUUUGCUGGGUAAUUCAUUGCAGUAUGUACUCUUUUGGUACAGGUCACUUGGCUUUUCAAAACACGCGAACUUUAAAGCUCAAAAGCCGCCUUCACAAUUACGUUUUUCGCUGCCAUUACAUUCAAGGAAGGUCAAGCGUACUCCCCAAGAUUCUAUUAAUGAAUCGAUUAUUUGAAAUGAAGCCGUUAGUCGUUCCCCUAACUGGUGUCAAAUUCAAAGCGGCAUUUCUGCAUGCGUAAUGAGCAGUGAAUAUUUUACGAGAACUUCUCUGUAUUUCGUCAGAUUAAAAAUCUUUGAAUGGAUUAAGUUUCUUAGAAGACAUGUACAUCAAAUUCAGGAAAACUGAGCUAGUAGAAAUUUCAUAACUGCCUCGCGUGUGAAUUCACGGCUCAUAACGCAUGCAAGAAUGCAGAGAUCAAUCUGAAAUCUACAACUAGCAACGGAUUCAACUUUCGAAUAAUAAAUUCAAUAAAUGGAUUCUUUGGGGGUACACUUGACCUGGUUUGACUGUAAUCGCCAAUACGAUCACAAGCAAUGAAUCUUGAAACACAGAAACUCACAAAACGGAUCGAGAUCCACCAAUCACAAAUCACAAACCAAGACCUUGUGAACUCAGUGAAGUAAACUUGCGUUUCCUAAUAGGUCCGCUAACAUGAUUCGCGUCUGACAUUUUUUUUUUAGAAAGACAAUUUUAAUUGCUUUUGUCCUAAGAGGUCAUCUCAAUUUGCUGGGUUUUUUUAUUAUUUUCAUGUCCAUUUUCUUGUCCUUAUUUUGUGAUUGGUUUAUAUUGUAAGGUGGAGUGGAUAAUCCUAUGAGGGACGAUUUGGAUUUCGUUUGAUCCGAAAUUUUUCAAAACAGCAGGAAGAAGUGGUUUGGAUAAAAUUUGGCGACGCUGUUUCGAGGGACGUGUCGAUAUAUUGUUAAAGUAUGUUAUCGCGCCUUAAACUUACAAAAAUGCAUACACACCGUUCGCGGUAGGCCCACACUAGAAAAUGACACUGAGCGUUUUCGGAAGGGGCUGGUCCGCGAACUCAAAGAAAAACAAGCGAAAUUGUCAAGACAUUCAAUCAACUACUCAUAGACGAAAUGACAAAUCGGAAUAUCUGGAACGUACGUGUAAAAUGGAUAAGAUCGGCCGAGUUUGAAGAGAGGAAUGUGUAUCAAGUUUGACAUUCGAAAGAUUUGUAUAGCUGGUAAUCAGUGUGACAACAGUGAUUUGGAUAUUCACAAGGCAGAAGACAAGAAGCUGCCUGUGUUCAUAAAAAUGUGUUCCAAUGAAGGACGAGACGAUUGUCAACAAUUGAAACCAAAGGGGAGUCAUGCUUCUUUUGUAACUACUGUUAUGGCUGUAACAAUUCUUCUUAUGCUAUCAAUUUUGUUUAGCACUGUACUUGUUUUUGUAUUACGCUUUGUGUUUUAUGUAACGCGGUACAUGCACGAUGCUCGGCGUCGGGAUUUUGCGUUGUCAGCAAGUUUUGUUUCCGAAUUAGAGUGUUUUGAUGGCAGUGAGGUGACAGGAAAACAGGGGCACCCAACGAGAAUAUAGUUUAAAACCACUUAAACAUAGCAUUGUUAAACGUGUUUUAGUAUUUAAACGGUUGAUAUGGGCAUAUUUUUAUCCCCUAUAAAUUUUUCAUCUGUUCGGAUUUCCUAGCUGAAAGUCUAGUGAUCCGAAAAUUAUAGGGACCAAAACUUACCUGUUCGAAAAUUUCAGCCAGAAAAAAGGCUCCCGAAAAUUCUAGGUGACCUUUUUAGGGUAAAAAUCCGUUGAAGAUGGGCAAUUUUACCUUUUUUUAGAUGUUCGAAAAUCCUAGGAGAGGCAAGCAAACAAGAAAUUUUACAACAAAUGUUCCGAAAAUUCUAGAUCUCAAAUAGUCUUCCGAACAGAUAUUUUCCCGAAAAUUGUCGUUGGGUGCCCCUGAGGAAAAGGCAAUGACUCAAUUGUACAGAAGCAAAAUUGUGUUGUAGAGGAAAUAAAAGAAGCUGAAUUGGCAUCUCGCCGUGUGUGGGAAAAUUACUCAUAACAGAACUUACAAUUCCGUUGGUUUAAAUGAGGUUAGUCAAUUCUCUAGAUGCGGUCGUGCAAAUAGCAGACUACCGAUGAAGAAAAUAAAAUCUUUGUUACAGAAAACACGGAAAGUGAGAGUUUUUGUAUGGAAGGGUAUUCGGAAAAAUACACCAUUGUGGUCUAAAAUUCAUUGUUACGUUAAAAAUACAAAUGGUUUAGACUUAAAGAGGUAAAGAAGUGACUGUAACAGUGUGAGGUUUUUACUUUAAGGGCAACUCCAAAAUUAGUUCGUAAACGAGGGGAGGUGUAGAGGCUAAGUUGAAGUUGAAUCACCGGGUUAAUUUGGGCUUGGUAUUGAUAUCGAGAAGAAUCCAGGCCCUUCAGUUUAAGUAGAUGCUACAAAAACAAUUCAGGCUCCAUACUGUCAAGUAAACGUUGCAGUAUUUGUGGAAAAUGCUGGACAACAAUAUGUUGCAAUGAGUCUGUGCGCUUUAAUUUACAGUAAGAUAAGAAGGAUUACUUCAGCUGAUAUGAUUCAAAUAGUGAUUGUUGGUAAUCAGUUAUAUUCUAGUCCGUCACUGCUGGCAAGAAAAUCUAUGUUGAUGUUAACAUAAUUGCCAAGAAUGGUUACAGUGUUUGAGGGAUUUUUCCAGCUUGAAUACAGUGAAAUUUAUACUUCUAACAUGCAUGGUGAUGCAAGAAUUGAGGGGUAUCAUGUCCUAUGUGGCAAUUUGGCCGAAAGCAAGUCUGUGUUGAAGAUGUGCUUUUCAAAACAUUGUCGUGAAGUGACAGGAUUUUUGUUGUGGACUGGAACAUACUGUGUGAAACUGCAAUAAGCGUAAAAGUCUCUUGGCCUUUAUUAACAACACCACAAACCAAAUUCGAAUGCAGAUUUAUUGCAACCGACGUGCUUGGUACUUGAAAUAAAAUGCGUGGUACAAAGAGCUCGAGUGUGCAUACAAACGGCGUGAGUUGAAACUAAAACGGUAAAAGAGCAAAAAAGUUACAAGUUGCGACUGAGGUAAAUUAGAGUAAAGAAAUAACAAAACUGCAAAACGCGGACUGUGAAGUACACUUACAUUGUUUCGGCCAGAGAAAACUGCUGUGAAGCGGACUGCGAAUAACGCGAAGAGACUUGCAAGAAACUAAACAGAACUGCGCUAAGCGCGGACCAAAAUCAACUGCAAACACUGUACUGCAAAACUACGAUAUGAAAAGUACCCUAGAACCUGCGGAAAAUAAAACUAUAGAAACUUAGAAAGGUGCUAAUGAAGAUGAAACAGCAAAGAAACGCUAACGAGGGCGCGAAAACUGACAGAAAGGAAUAAACACCUAAUUAACGCAAAAAACACUAAACAAAAGGACGAAAAGAAGUAUAAACUAAUUGGCGUACGCAAAGAAAAAACAAAUUACACAAGAACGAAUAAUAGAAAAAAUGUUACACUUGGAUCUUACACUGUGUGGUUCCCCAAAGAAGUAGAAUAAAGGAUUAAUUUUCUCUGGUGGGAUGUGAUGACAGUUGUUUAGCUGCAAUAAGGCAUGUUAAAAGUAUCGUACGUGCAAUACAACCACGCCUAAAUAUACGCUCCCACAGCGUCUUGUCUAUGUUUGGUGAAAAUGGCUUAGUCUAAAUGGAUGUGGCAUGGGUGACAGUGACCUUCCAAUCUCUACCAAAUUUGUGUACCUUUUAUAUACCGAAAAAGUGCUGUGAGAAGUUAUAGCCGUUCAUAGCUCAGGCUUAACCAUUUUCAGAUACGAGUAGGUAAAAGAAAGGAGGAAGGGUAGUUCAUUGCAACUGUAUGAGUCACGGUUAAGUUAUUUUAAUGAUAAGGCUAGAAUUAAUUAUUGUAAACCUCCUUCAGUUUACCAACAUAGCGGCCCCUCGAGGCCUCGUCAAAACUGUCAUUCCUGUAUCCUUGAGACCAAAGAGAAUUCGAGCUUUAGAAUAUACAUUCAGUAUUUAGGACACCAUUCUAAGACAACAUGCCAAAAAUCAGCCAAAUCGAUGAGGUACAGUGUCUGGCCGAAGUUCGAAUUUUACAGAAAAUCACUCUUAAAGCAAAUAUAAACACAAACAUCCUCUGCUCGGAAAUAGCUUGCUAAUCGAGAUGGGCAGAAGAAAACAUACAGUAAUUUAUAACUAGGAAGAAAUUAAGUAGAGGUAAGGAAACGGAAGACAGAUCUAUAUAAAUGACACAAGAAGAUGGACUGAAGUUAUUACAAUUUAUACAACGUUACAAAAUAUACAAACUUAUUUUACAUUUCUUGUCAUCUUGCUUAGUUUAUUAACUAAAGUAAGUGUCUCAACGUAAGUAUCCCUCCAAUUCUAAAAUACCAAAUCAAAUCAAAUCAAAUAUUUAUUAUGUAAGAAUACAUAAUAGGAAACGUCAGAGGUUAUCACUAUCGAGGAGGUUCCCUACAUAAAUAUAAAGUAAAUUUUACUCUAGCUAAUGGCUUUCUUAAUUUGAAUGAAUGGUUUGAUCUUGUUUUACCACAACAAUUAAAUUCAAAAUAAUCAUUACAGUUAAGGCCAUUAAGACCAUGAAUAGCCUUGUAGCACUCUAGCAAAGAUAGAUAAGACCUCCUUGAUUGAAGACUGGACCACCCAAGCAUUGCCAGUCUUUCUUCGUACGGAGAGUCCCUAGAUGACAUCGGGAGAGCGUAUCUCGAGGUCCUACGUUGGACUCGUUCAAGGGCGUCAAUGUUCUUCUGUAAAUAGGGUGACCAGAGAGGGACAGCAUAUUCCAGAAUGGGUAUAACCAAGGCCUUGUACAGACGAGAAAAGGCUUCCUUGUUCCCUGAACCAAUAUUCCUUUUAAGGAAACCCACAAUCUUGUUGGCUAUAUUUACUACUUUCUGCGUUUGGGUGUUCCAGGAUAGAUUAGAGGUCAAGAUCCGAUGUACAGAGGCUUUUAAUUUGUGUAUAGGAAACACUCGGAUACUUUGAGGAAUACUGUUCCAAAUUCUUGCACGAAAUCUACAAAAUGAAUAUUUAAAUCAUUUGUCCUAGAAUAUUUUAUGUAAAAUCUACUUGUGAAAGGUCAAGAAAUAAGUUAGUUAGUUAACUUCAAUAACACCAAAGACAAUUUCACAUGGGAGCCCGAGAACUGAAAUAAUUUGGGUUUUGGCGAAUCUACUUCAAAAUCAAAAGUCAAAAUCUUCUACACAUGCACACAUUUCUCACGCUCUACGUAAAUAAAAACAAUUAUACCCUUAAUCCCAAAGUAAUUUUAAAGGAUCACACUUAAAAUACCGUUAUUUAUCCGCUGGAAAUUGUCAGUUUUCAAAAGCUUAAACAUUUGUACCAAAAGGGGUUAAUUUCAUAUAUCUUAAUAGUAAAUAGAACUCAUGUUCACAUACGAUAUGUUUGUUCUCUAGACUUGAUGACGAUGAUGAUGGGGCAGCUCCAGUUGGUUUCCUCGAAUGCACAAGGGAGCCCACUCCAUACGAUCACCCGACCAAUAGCAACAUAAAGUUCUGGGAUUUACCUGGAAUAGGGACUCCAGACUACCCUGACCUAGAUACAUACUGCAACAAAGUACAGCUGGAGAAGUACCACACGUACCUAAUUUUCACAACCACUCGAUUCACCGCGAACGACUUUAAAUUGGCACAAAAAGUGAGAUUGAUGAAUAAGAAAUUUUUCUUAAUUCGCACAAAAAUUGAUGAAAAUGUUCAAGCUGAGAAAAGGAGAAAGCGAACGCAAAAAUUCGACGAGGAAGCAAUGCUAGCAAGAAUCCGAGAAAACGUUUUUGUGUCUCUCGGUAACCUGCUGACUGACGAUCAAGAUAUAUUUUUGAUCAGCAACCAUGACCCCGACAAGUGGGAAUUUGCUAGACUGACCCAGGCCAUUCUAGAUUCAUUGACGAGAUACCAGCGAGAAAGCAUGACCUUUGCCCUCGGGAAAGUCAUAACAAGGUCGUCAGAAGAUAUUUUUCAAAGAAAAGUCCAUGUUCUUAGACAACGCAUAUGGAAGGUUGCUACAGCAUCUGGUGCCGUUGCUGCCAUUCCAGUACCGGGACUGUCCUUUGCUGUUGACGCUGCCCUAAUACUGAGGGAACUCAGCUUGUACAGAAGUCAGCUUGGCCUUCCUGAAAUCGGAUCUGCCGAAUUUGUCCAGCUACACUUCGCCACCAAAGAAAAAGUACUCAGUGUCACCCUUACCACUGCUGCACAGCUGAGCCCAUAUUUUGCAUCUUAUGCUGCUUCUACAGCCAUCGAGGAAUUCGCUCGUUAUAUUCCCUUUAUUGGUGUGGCCAUAGCCAGUGGUAUCUCGUUCAGUGCUACGUAUUAUGCCCUGAGUAAGCUCUUAACAAAUGUUGAAGAAGUUGCGAAGUUAUUUCUAAAGGAGGCUGCAAAUGUGGUUGAUUGACUUGCGUAGAAGUGAUUCACACAAUCUAAGUUCUCAAACUCCUGAUCUGGCAUAUGAACUUGCAUUAGAUAUACGAAACUCUGAUCUUAUUCGUCUCUGCAUGGUCAAAUUCCCCUUUUAGCCGUUAUUGUUUGCAAUCAGAGCUGCACUGCAGUCAUCUGCAGGCCUGCAACUUGUAGUCAGGUUAGUCGACAUACCUCAACUAAAUUAGUUAAAUAUAGCGACAAUAGUCUGAAUAGCACUCCGUAAAGCUACGGUAAAGCGGGCAUCAAAUAUCAUGUGCAAUUUGUUUUGCAGCAUUAAUGAUGUUAUGCUUUUUAUAUAUACCACCCACAACCCACGUAUGGGAGUAGCCGUCAUUAUAGAGUUCAAUUUUAACGCUCAUUGUUAUUUUCUAAAUAAUAGUUUAACCUAAUAAGAACCUACAUUUUUCCAAGUUAGCCUAAAGAGGUUCUUACUUAAAUGAUAAUUAGGAAAAAUUUAGGCUAUUUUGGUUCUUAAAUAGGUUCUGGGGGUCUUAUUUUCUAAAGAAGAAAAUACAUUGUAGCUACGAGUGUUCAGCUCAUUCCUUAGGCAAAAUCUGCAUACCGUUACAUUGCAGUUGGAGUAAUAAGGCACCUAUGUCUCCAAAGAGGAUCCUGAAUGUUAAAUUAUCUUAUUUGCCCAAGUAUACAGAAUUCUAUUUUAGAUUUUAGACAUAAAUAAGACCCUUUUUUAAAUUUUGGGCUUAACCGGUUCCUGUAUAGAGGGGGCCUUACUGGCAACUUUUAGCCUAAAAGGUUCUUAAAAACCACGUUCCAAGUCGCGGGUUUUUACUGUAUUUUUGUUGCUUACCUAAAUGUAGCUAUUCUCUUAGUCACCUUAUUUGGUCUUAUUUACAUCAUUUGUUUUAAGCUGCAUUUUUUCCUACAAAUUUCCUUUAGCUCACAAUACUUGUUGCGUAGGGGGUGGGGGACAGGGGGUGGUGGUGUGAGGGUGCUGGGCUGGCAGUUCGACAGUUGUUUUCGUUUUGCCGUGGUAACCCUGGAAUUUGUAGGCAGUUGAUUCACUCCCAAGUAGCCUUAUUUGUUUUGGGGUAAUUUUGAAUUUCCUCAAAUCUACUCUGCAUUGUUGGCAACCAAUAUUUGCUCACUACGUUCAGUUGCCAAUUCUCACCUGGUUUGUCUAAUCAGAGUACCAGCCCUCAAAUCAACAAAUUUUCAAGCCUCCCCAAUGAUGUGUAGUUAUCAAUAGCCAGCUUAUCAUCUAGUCUCAUUUCAGUAGCUUUUCUGUCAGAUUCAUUUACCUGGUUAACAUCCAUAUAUAAAUCUGUGGCAGCAUGUAACUUGUCUGUUGAACAUUUUGC